AUGAUUGAGGCCCAACCCCCGGCCUACCUCCGCACCUCCCAGGCUCUGGCCUGGCUUCCUGGCGCGUCAGCCGGGGCCAGCGCAGGCGCAGUCGCAGUGGUUAGUAACGGUUGCUCCAGCCGGCGUGCGGGUGAGGUGGCGGGCGACGGCCCCGUGCGCCGCUUCCUGGGUCUUAGGUGCGUUUGUCUCCAGGGUCACAAUACGGCCGGAAGGACAGUGGGUGGGCCGAGGGUGAAAAAAGAGCGAACUCACCCCACGUGGGACAAUUGCCAGCAGCUUUUGCAGGUCCUGUUUACGACUGAGGAGAGAGAAAGAAUCCUCAAUGAGGCCCGAAAACUAGUUCUGGGUGCAGAAGGGAAUCCCACCACCAACCAGGCUCAGAUAGAUGCCUCCUUCCCCUUAACUCGGCCCAAGUGGGAUUUCAACACGACAGAAGGGUUCCAGAGGACGCACGAGGACAUUUGGCUGCGCCUCCAUGCCAUCUACAAGGCCGGCCCAACCCCGACACAUCAUCAGUACAGGCCGGGAGACUGGGUCUACGUCAAGAGGCACCGCCAAGAGACCCUCGAGCCGUGCUGGGAGGGACCCUACAUCGUGGUGCUGACAACCCCCACUGCUCUCAAAGUAGACGGCAUUGCAACCUGGGUCCAUCACACCCACGUUUGGCCAGCGGACCCCUGCUCAAUCCGGAAGGAUUUUGUCACGCAAUGGGCUGUCAAUUGAGACCAACACAACCCGCUCAAGCUCAAGCUACAGCGCAUUCGACCCACCUAAUAUUGGUAACUCUGUUAGCUCUGCUUGUCACUGCUCAUGCUGUUGAGAGUCCCCACGUCCCCCAAAACAUCACCUGGCAGAUCAUAGACACCGGCUCGGGGACAAUACUUAAUCAGACUUCCCAGAGCCACUCCAGGGGCAUUUGGUUCCCAGAACUUUGCAUAGACCUCCAAACUCUGCUCCCCUUGUCACCAUAUGCCCCCGGAUUCCAUGCACAGAACCUUUAUUUCUAUGUCUGCCCCAGCCACUCUCGCUCGAGCACAUGUGGGGACACGGCUGACUACUUUUGCGCCUCCUGGUCAUGCGUCUCAACAGGGCACAUCUGGUGGACCCCACCACGCACCGGAGAUCUCAUCGUGGUAAAGCGGCCCAGUGGCCCCCGACCGCCAUAUGCCUGGGGGCGCGGUAAUCCCAUAGUUAUAUCCUUUACAAGCCAAGGUAAAAAAACAACAGGAUGGGAGAGUGGAAAAACCUGGGGACUCAGGAUAUACGACUGGGUUAGGCUGGGAGCCAAGGACAAGGGAACGUUAUUUACCCUCCGAAUGCAAGCAACUCCCCUUGCCCAGCAGUCCCCCAAGGCGGUAGGACCCAAGUAGUUACCUGACCUGCCCCCGCCCGGAUGGCCACGCCCAGAAACACCCAGGCCCCGGCCACACGGCCCUCCACAUCCCCUGUCCCUACUGGAGUGUCAUCCGCAUCUCCUGCCCCGGGUCACAACUUACUAUCUGAUACAGACCCCCUGUGGAGCACGGUUGUCAGAGCAUACCAGGUACUAAACACUUCUAGGCCCGACCUGACCAAGUCCUGUUGGCUCUGUCUAGAUGUCCAGCUCCCAUAUUACGAAGGUAUUGCCAUUAAAGGCAAUUAUACAACAGCCUCCAACUCUAGCUCCUGCAGAUGGCAGCAGGCUACUGCAAGACUAACCCUCCAGGCAGUAACAGGGCAGGGCACUUGCGAAGGCCACGUGCCCCCCGGGCAGUCACAUCUCUGUAGUGAAACCCUAACAGUCCCCAGGGAGACAGUGUAUCUACUUCCCCCAAAAAAUGCAUGAUGGGCCUGUUCCAGCGGCCUCGCUCCCUGCGUCCACUCCCAAGUCCUUAACUCCUCGAAGGAAGGCUUCUGCGUACUCGUGCAGUUGAUCCCCAAGCUGGUGUACCAUUUGGGGGAAGAAAUAUUUAACAGGUUAGGCUCUACUAACUCCCGAAGUAAAAGAGAGCCCAUUACAACCCUAACUCUGGCUGCGCUCUUGGGACUGGGAUUAGUGGAGGUAGGGACCGGAAUAUCCUCACUCGUCAUCCAGGACAAAAACUACAGAACCCUAAGGGCAGCCAUUGACUUAGACAUAGAAAGAAUUGAGAAAUCAAUUUCUCAUUUACAGAAAUCCCUUACUUCCUUAUCAGAAGUAGUACUCCAAAACAGAAGGGGAUUAGACUUAUUAUUCAUGCAGCAAGGAGGACUAUGUGCAGCCCUAGGGGAAGAAUGUUGCUUCUAUGUUGAUCACUUGGGGGUCGUAAAAGAAUCUAUGGCCCUCACAAGGGAAGGGCUGCAAAAACGAAAGUUAGAGAACAAUCUCAGUCCUGGUACGAGUCUUUGUUCAACUGGUCUCCCUAGUUAACUACCCUCAUCUCGGCCCUUGCCGGACCCCUCGCCAUCCUGCUCCUACUAGUAACCCUCGGACCCUCUAUCAUCAACAGCUGGUCCAGUUUGUCAGGGACCACGUGGGGGCUGUCCAACUAAUGGUCCUCCGUGCUCAGUACAAGCCCUAAUAACAGAAGAGGACAAAAUAGAAAUGCAGCCGGUCCCAUGAUUGGGUCCGUAAGCUACAUGACAAGGGGGGAAUGAAAGAGCGGACCUAGGCCGGCCGACUCCAUUUUGUUCUGUGUCCUCUAUCUUGAGUGACUAUGUCCCCCACAUGGCCCCCUUUCCGGGGGAAAACCGCAGAAAGAAAUUCCCGCUCAAACCUUAGACCACACCUCCUCCCCUUGAGUAACUUCCUGCUCACCCGUUCAAACUUCCCGUUCAAACCACGCCCGGCAACCUGCCCAUCGGGACUCUGAACCUUCCCCAGCCAAUCGGCUAAGGACACGACCAUCACCCCACCAACUGCCCUUAGAUCCCUAUAAAACCUUUGUGCUUUUGAAACUCGCGCUCUCUCUCUGGCAUCUCACCGCUACGUCGGUGCAGGUAGGGGAUUGAGCUCUAGCUAGCUCGAAUAAAGGCUCUUUGCUUUUGCAUCGGA